AUGCCGACGCCCGAUGAUGCUAUGCCCUCGCCAGUGGAGCACGAGAGCACCGCUUCCCGCACAACAUGCCCACCAGACGAGGCGCGCAUCGCCAACGCACAUGAAUUGAAUCCAUCGCCGCAAUUCAACGACAGCAGCAAUGUCGGACCUACCAUUGACGUACCGAUGCAACUACCAACGCCGCCUCCGCAAGACACUCCCGCACACGCGCCGCCAUCUUCAGAUUCAGAUUCGCAUAGUAAACCCUCGAGUGCACGGAUAGAAGCACCAAACAGAGACACGCCCACGCCUAUGACUGCCACAGACGACGGAGCAGAGGAGCAGCGCACGUCCCAGGUUUCACCGCUUGCGCCAGGUCCUGGGCCGCUGUUCUCCAGCCAUUUGUCUUCACCGUUUCCUGCGCAGAGAUACGCUCCCAACAGUUCCUCCUCGCUUCUCCGACCCGGCAGCCGCUUCAAGGGAAGCCAAACCUCCGACCGUCAACAAUAUGAAGUUGAAGUCGAGGUCAAACAUGUCGACAUGCGCGAGUCAUUCAUGUGUGGUUAUCUCCGCAUCAAAGAAGACCACCCUAGUUUAACCACAUACUUCGAGGGCGAAAUCAUCGGCAGCAAAUACUCAUUCAUAACGCAACAUCCGGAAUGGGGCUCCAACGAGAAGGUCGACAGGCAGCACUGGGCCCGCUUUCCAGCAUACAAGCCCCUCUCGAAAUAUUCUUCAAGACCAGAGCUAGUAACGAAAGACUGGAUGCAGAAGGAGCAUUUGUUUAUGCGUUGGAAAGAGUACUUCUUGGUGCCAGACCACCGAGUGCGAACCAUCAGCGGCGCGAGUUUCGAAGGCUUCUACUACAUCUCGUUCAACCAGGUGUCAGGUGGAAUCGACGGCAUUUAUUUUCACGCUAAGAGCGAAAAGUGA